CACUUCCAGUGGCAGAAGCUCUAGCAUCAGCCACAGAUAGAUUUUAAUGGUUCGCGUCGCAGCAAUCAAACGCGCCCGGAGCUCGCGCAUCGUAAUUCCAUUUUGACCAGCCCCAUCCCACAAGUCCACACAGCCAGCCACAUCCGAAUCCCGACAACCCCCAUCGACCCAUCGACGGCCCAUUUCACCCCUGCAACUUUCGACCAUCGAAAAAGAAAAAAGAAAACCGAAGCAGCAAAAAUGUCGGCCUUCCUUCGCACCGCCUCCCGCGCUGUUGCCCGGCCCGCCACGGCCGCGCGCACCUUCAGCACGACCGCCUCGCGCCCGGUCGCUCGCAUCACCAUCGUCGGCAACCUGGCCGACACGCCCGAGGUCCGCGCCUCUAGCACCGGCCGCGAGUACCUGCGCUAUGCCGUCGCCAGCAACUCCGGCCAUGGCGAGCACCGCAAGACCAGCUGGUUCAACGUGAGCUGCUUCGUCGACGAGGGCCCGCGCCGGGACUUCUACCUGUCGCUGCAGAAGGGGUCUCUGCUCAUGGUGGAAGCCGAUGUGUCCAUGUCCAACUAUGUCGACGGCGAGGGCAAGCCCCGUCAAGGCCUGAACCUUGCACAGCGUGCUCUCGAGGUUUUGAAGCGCCCUUACAACCCCCCGGCAGCUGAGGGCGGCGAGGCCGAGGGCCAGCACCACAAAGUCAUCAUUAACAGAAGGCGAACCUUUGCGACUGUCAGUUCCGACCCGAGACCAUUCGAUGUCAUUGUAAUUGGCGGCGGCCACGCCGGCUCCGAAGCAUGCGCCGCAGCGGCCCGCGCGGGCGCCCGCACCGCCCUCAUCACGCCCGAGAUAGACAACCUCGGCGUCUGUUCCUGCAACCCGAGUUUUGGCGGCAUCGGCAAGGGCACCAUUGUGCGCGAGAUUGACGCCCUGGACGGACUGGCGGGGCGCGUCAUCGACAAGGCGGGGGUGCACUUCAAGAUACUGAACCAGGCGAAGGGAGCGGCCGUCUGGGGGCCCCGCGCCCAGAUCGACCGCGACCUGUACAAGAAGCACAUGCGCGAAGAGCUCCAGACAUACCCAAACCUGUCCGUCGUCCUCGGUAGGGUAUCCGAUAUCGUCAUAGCCGACAACCACGACGACCCCAACGCCGAUGGCGCCAAGAACAAGAUUACGGGUGUGCGUCUGGAGUCGGGCGAGGUGCUGCCGACGACUCAGGUCAUCAUCACCACGGGAACUUUCCUCGGCGGCGAGAUACAUAUCGGAAUGGAGGUAUAUCCGUCCGGGAGGAUGGGCGAGCAGGCUACGUUCGGUCUAAGCAAGUCACUGCGGGAGGCGGGCUUCCAGCUCGGCCGGCUCAAGACGGGCACGCCACCGCGGAUCGCCAGGGACAGCAUUAACUGGAGCAUACUCGAACCACAACCAGGCGAUGUGCCUCCCGCGCCAUUCAGCUACCUCAACGACACCGUCGCCACCACAGAACAGCUUCUCUGCUACCUUACCUUCACCAACAAGGCCACGCACGAUAUCGUCCGCGCGAACCUCGACAAGACGAUCCACAUCCGCGAGUCGGUCAAGGGCCCGCGCUACUGUCCCUCCCUGGAAUCCAAAGUCGUCCGCUUCGGCGACCGCGAACGACACAUCGUCUGGCUCGAGCCGGAAGGCUUCGACAACAACAUCGUCUACCCGAACGGGCUGAGCAUGACGAUGCCCCCCGAGGUGCAGGAGCAAGUGCUGCGCAGCAUCAACGGCCUCGAGAAGUCCGUCAUGCUGCAGCCGGGCUACGGCGUCGAGUACGACUACGUCGACCCGCGCAACCUCCGGCGGACGCUCGAGACCAAGCCGAUCCGCGGCCUCUUCCUGGCGGGCCAGAUCAACGGCACGACGGGCUACGAGGAAGCCGCGGGGCAGGGGAUCGUGGCGGGGAUCAACGCGGGGCGGGCGGCGCAGGGCCUGGCACCCGUGACGCUCUCCCGGUCGGACGGCUACAUCGGCAUCAUGAUCGACGACCUGGUGACCAAGGGCGUGACAGAGCCGUACCGCAUGUUCACGUCGCGGUCUGAGUUCCGGCUCAGCGCGCGCUCCGACAACGCCGACACCCGGCUGACGCCGCACGGCCGGCUGUGGGGGGUCGUCUCGGACGCCCGCUGGGCCCGCUUCCGCGACGACGCCCAGCGCAUGGCCGACCUCAAGCGCCUGCUGCGCGACACCCUGCUGACCCCGGACCAGUGGUCCGACAUGGGCAUCCCGGUACCCACAGCAAUCACCGAAGCCGGCGAUAUCAACGAGACGGGCGGCACCGGCACCGGCACCGACACAAACAAUAAACGCUACCGCAAGCGCACUGGGCACGAGGUGCUCCGCCUGCGCGGCAUCUCGGCCGACCACCUCGUCCACGCGCGCCUACCCACCGACACCACCACCACCACCACCACCCACACAACAACAGCAACAGCAACACCAACACCACCACCAUCAUCCACAAACCCCUUCCCCCCGCACAUCCGCAGCCGCGUAGCCGUCGACGUGGUCUACGAGCCGUACGUGCGCGCGCAGGCGGCCGAGGCCGCCCGCCUGCGCCGCGACGAGGCCCUGCGCCUGCCGCUGGACCUCGACUACGCGUCCGUCAAGGGCCUGGCGCUGGCCGAGCAGGACGUGCUGGCGCGCACGCGGCCCGAGACGCUGGCGCAGGCGCGGCGGGUCGAGGGGGUUACGCCGGCGGGGUUGGUGAAAUUGUUGGAGAGUGUUAGGCGGGGGGAGAUGGGUGGAGGGAGGGGGGGGAGGGGGAGGAAGGUUGCGGAGGUGGUGGUACAGGGGGAAGGGGUGGUGGAGGGGUUGGAUGUUGCGGGCGCGGAGGAUUUGGAGACGUUGGAUGCGAAGAGCCGGGCGGAGGGGAUGUGAUUCUUGGGUUUGGGUUUGGGUAUUGGGUGUGUAUGUUGGGGUUUGUUGGAGGGGCUGUAUAUCACCUGAAUAUUCGUGUGUAUGACUAGUAUGUAGCGGAUGGAUGACAAAAGGCACAUAUCAUGGAAUGGUUAGAGGGU